AUGCACAUUCAUCUACACGAGGGCCAUACGCACCUGAGCCAAUCAGCUCGCGUCCAGGAAGUCGGGAUUGAAGAAGUCACUCGUAACGAAGAUCUGCGCGACCAAGAAGGCUGCCGGCUCCUGACCCUACCAGGCGAGAUCCGUAAUCGCAUUUACGAAUAUGUCCUGGGCGACUACACCAGCAUCGCACUCGACCACAUCAGCCUAGCUCGAGAGCAAACUGCAAAGCACAUCCAAUUCCCAUCCAUCCUCGAAACCUGUCAACAAAUCCGAAAAGAAGCGAUCAGUAUCUGGCUCUCAUCCACGACCUUCCACUUCAACUUCCACGGAGAGCUUUACGACUUCUUACGCAUCUUGGGCGCUCGACAAGCUGGCAUGGUCAAAGACGCCAGAGAAUCGUACAUCUGGCAGAACCAGAGUCAGGCGGAGUGCAGUUUGAGACAGUUUCGGAAGGGUCUGGAUGUGCUCGGGAUUGAAAUGGAGGAGAGCGCCGUUGCUGUGCAGUCCUUGGGUGAGAAAGGGAGGAUGGAGUUUGUGAGGAAGGUUGAGGAGGUUGAUGUGAGUUGA